GUGACUGUGGCUCUCACUUAUCCGCAUUCUGCAUCAACGAUUUGGUCUAAGUAUCGAUUGUGGCUUAGAAAUGCCUGAACAAUAGUAGCAUGGCCAAUGCUGCUGGUGCCACCGUUGCGCCGAAGACACCCACCCACGGCGUCAACGCUGCCCCCACGCUCAAGUCUACCCCGAAUGCAGUUGGUUCUGCUGUUAUCAGCGAACACAUCAGUACUGUAGGGGUCCAGAUCUCGGAUCUCUGCCCGUGGAUCUCAUGGGAUGUCGAGAACUUCAGGCAAUGCGGCGCUGAUGCAAUGCUGCAGGAGCUCCUAGAUGGCUGCCAAGAUACCUCUGUUCCUCCCAUUGAGAAGUCGAAACUAUUGAAAGAUUCCCUCAACGCCGUUGUGAACCUCUGCAACAAUGAGAAGAUCAAAGAGCACGUCAAGGCUUUUGCCAAAUGCACGACAGAACCAGCUUCUUACCCUCAUUUUGUCAAAGCUGCCAACGCUGCGCUCCUCGAACUGCACAGCUUGAACGUGUCCGGACUGACGGCUCCGCGCAACAACGAUACCGACAUCCUAUUUCAUCACAACGACUACCCUAUAAAUCGAAUGCAUCAGGAUCAAAAGGCGCAACGCAAACCUGAUAUUGUUGUCGUCUCUUGCAACACCGCUAAGGGCCUGCGGAAGGUUGAAGAGGUUAAUAAUGAAAAGUGUAAGGAUGACAAGGCCAAGGGCAGAAGGGCCAAGGGCAGAAGGGCCAAGAGCGGAAAGGCCAAGGAUGCAAAGGGAAAUGGUAAGGAUGGUAGGGGUAAGGAUGUGACGGCUAAGGAUGAGAGCAGUAAGAAGCGCCGGAGCCUUUACAUGGAGACGGCGGCGCAGAAGCCCGAUGGCCACUUCCAAUGGCGCGAUGUUCAUUCGACAUUCGAGUUCAAAUGCAAGAAGGGUGCUCUGACUGCUCCACCUAAAACAUACAAGGUGAAGGAAUGCAUUGCCCCCAAACAGCAGUAUCUUCCGAAGGACACGGACCCUGUUGAGCCAACAAGUUUGGCGUCUGGGCAUGCUGCUGCAGGCUCCAAUCAGCCAUCCAAUCAAUCACGACGUGGGUCUGGGCAAGUCCAAAGUAAACAAGAAAAGAAACGUAGUUCCAAUCAUUUACCCUCCAACGAGCCUGCCAGCAAGCGCGCCAAGAGCAACAAUGAAACCGGUAUCGAAGAGAAGGAGCCGAAAAAGCUUCCUCCUAAUGUCCAGAAUGGCAUGUAUGUCGCAGAGAUGUUUGCUGCCAAUAUCGCGAGGCAGCACGUCAUCUCUUGUGUAGUGAACAACAACAUCAUCUACAUGUGGUAUUUUGAUCGACAGGACAUCAUCCAAUGUGCCGGCAUCAACUUCAUUCAGGACCUUCCCCGCUUCCUGGUCUUGCUGCUUGCUAUGCAGCGAAUGUCUUCCGAGCGAUGGGGUUUGAACACGCAAUUCAAAGAAUCAUGCGAGAUUGUUGUCGACGGUGUUGACCUCAAAUUUGAUUUGACGUCCGACCAAUGCAUAACCCACUUCGGUCUGCGUGGCCGUGCAACUACUGUGUUUCCCGAACAAGGGCACUGUAACGACAUCCCUAGCCAUGAAUUGGUUGCCAAGCUCUACUGGCCAGAAGAGGAGCGAGAGAGCGAGGCUGAGAUACUCAAGAAGGUGUAUGAGAUUGCGACGAGCGAGCCAGAUGUGAAGGGCCACGUCCCGGAGGUAGUUUGGUCCCACAAGUUCGAAGGGACAUCCACGGUGAAAAUCAGGACAGCGCUAGGACUGGACAACGCUCAACAAGGUAGCCGCGUCUUGUAUAUCAUCAUGUUCAAGAAGCUUAUCCCGAUCACGAAACUGAGUGGGGACGAAUUCCUCACUGCAUGGUGGCAAAUAGUGUGUUGCCAUUAUGCCCUCUGGAAGAAGGGCGUCCGUCACCGUGACGUCAGUCCUAGCAAUCUCAUGGUAUACAAGACCUCAGAUGGUCGAUAUAUUGGCAUUCUCAAUGACUACGACUUGUCAUCGACACAAGGUAGUUCCAAGGGCAACGAGCGUACAGGGACAGUGCCAUUUAUGUCAAUCAACCUUCUCGAACCUGAAGCCAUGAAAGGCAAGGUCGAGCACCUAUACCGACACAACACUGAAUCGUUAAUCUGGGUCCUUGUCUGGGUCUGUCUUCGGUAUCACGAAGGCGAGCUUCUGACUACGGGCAGACCUCUCGAUGAUUGGCUGAAAGUAGAUGCUAAUGGAUGUGCGGAAAAAAAGUCCCGCUUUCUGCUGCGGUCUCAGAAGGAGCACUUCCCCCUAAUGCCCACGUUGUCACACCAAUCCAACUGGGAUGUUGCUCUAUCUUGUCUUCGCUCAUUCUUCUUGUUGGAUGUGCGGAUUGUAGUUCUGCCGGACGAGAAGUCUGUCCUUGAGACGUGGUUCCAGACGAACCUACCGUCGUAUCUUAUCGACUUGUAA